ACACCGGGUCAAAUACCGGAUCUCAUGUUUUAUUGUUGUUCAAGAAACCACUUCUUCAAAUACUCUCAUUCAAGCUUUUUCUCCGUUAAAUCAAUCUAUUAACAAUCUGUUCUACACUUCUCGAUUGAUUAAAAGGUGGAAAUCAUGAAGCUCGACUUUAGUGGACUAGAAUCAAGUGCACCACUCUACGGAGGACCAAAUGAGUUGCUUUGUGAUGGGUUCUCAGCUGCCCCGUCGUUUGACCUUCCAGUUACAUCAGAUUUUGAUGGAUUCCAGAAGAAUUCUAUCCAAAUGGUAAAGCCAGCAAAGGGAACAACAACCUUGGCUUUUAUUUUUAAGGAGGGUGUGAUGGUUGCUGCUGAUUCCCGAGCUAGCAUGGGGGGCUAUAUCUCAUCUCAAUCCGUGAAGAAGAUCAUUGAAAUCAAUCCCUAUAUGCUGGGUACAAUGGCAGGAGGAGCUGCUGAUUGCCAAUUCUGGCACAGAAAUCUAGGCAUCAAGUGUCGUUUGCAUGAAUUGGCAAACAAGAGAAGGAUUUCCGUCACUGGUGCUUCAAAGUUGUUGGCAAAUAUCUUAUAUUCUUACCGUGGAAUGGGUUUGUCUGUCGGGACAAUGAUUGCAGGAUGGGAUGAAAAGGGCCCGGGUCUGUAUUACGUAGACAGCGAAGGAGGACGCUUGAAGGGAACAAAGUUCUCAGUCGGGUCUGGUUCACCAUAUGCUUAUGGUGUACUAGAUAGCGGGUACAAAUAUGAUCUGACAAUUGAUGAAGCUGCUGAAUUGGCUAGAAGAGCCAUCUAUCAUGCCACAUUCCGUGACGGAGCUAGUGGCGGUGUUGCUAGCGUUUAUCAUGUGGGGCCAACCGGAUGGACAAAACUAUCGGGUGAUGAUGUUGGUGAACUUCACUACUCAUACUAUCCUGUUGAACCAGCCGUUGUUGAACAAGAAAUGACCGAAGCUGUAGCUGCCUGAGUCUACCAGGUUGUUUGUAAUCUCUUGAAAAAACAUGAUGUGCUUUUGUUAUGAUUUUACAUUUCUAAUGACAUUAGCUGUCUUUUUCUUGUUUAUUACUAGAGUGACAUUCCUAUCAUUCCUUAUUUCAAAAAACAUUAUGGAUUUAUGAUA